AUGGUGUUCCUUUGUAAGCGACAAGGGGCAGCUGCAGCUGUGGUUGAAAAAGUUUACCUUCCUUUAUAUGUAACAACAACAGACUUGGAAACAGUGAAUGAUGUUAUGAAGAAGUUACUACCUACGAUAGGAAUGCCUAGUGCUCAAGAUUACCAACUGUGGUUCUGUCGUGGCCUCCAAGAAGCCCCAAGCCUACUCCAAGAGCAUGAGCAUCCCUAUGACAUCAUCAUGAGAAACAUUCAAAGUAACGUCAGUCGACGACGACGGAAAUCAAGGAAGUGCACAGCUUUUCCUGCCCUGCCUGGGCUAUAUGUGGAACAACCAGAUCUACAGGGGCGAUUCAUCCUAAAGCCCAGAGACCCAGCAGGAAGCCAGAAGCAGAGCAAUACAGAGGAGCCAACAGUUAAGAGAAGACAGCCUUUCAGAUCCUGGUUGUUCCACAAGGGCUCUGUGCCCCACGAGGACCAAGUGUGCACAGCCCCGCCAGUUGUGAAGACAGGAAAAAUCUUCGGAAAAGAUCUGACUGCCAUUUGUGAGGAUGGCAAUCUACCCACAGCAAUUCUGGACAUACUAUCCUUUAUUAGUGUAAGGGGGCCAAUCACUGAAGGUAUCUUCAGCACACCUGCAAAACAAGAGCAUUUAUCCCUAAAGGAAAGGCUGGAUUCCGGGACAGAAGUGAACUUGAACAACGAAAGUGUCCCUGUUGUGGCAUCUAUCUUAAAGGAGUUUCUAAGAAAUAUACCAGGAAGUGUGCUGACAUCUAGACUAUAUGAUGAAUGGCUUGGUGUCCUGGACCAAGUGUAUGAAGAGAAGAAAGUAGCUGCAGUGCAGAGUCUUUUAGAGCAACUACCCCAACCGAAUGUCAUCCUUUUGAAACAACUUUUUGGAAUAUUAUACAAAAUUGAGAGAAACUCUGGAUUCAACCACAUGACAUCUUCUAAUUUAGCUAUUUGCAUAGCCCUGUGCAUUCUAUGCCUGCCUAGUUCCUGCAACUCAAGAUUGGCAGAUAUCACCAAAAAGGUAAUGAGACAUAUGUUUUAUGCCUAGAGUAAACAAGUCUUCACAAUGAGACAGGAACACAGGAUUAUUC